UUCUGCAUUUAAAGGUUCACGUGGGUCAUUAUUGCCCUCGCAGGCUUUAUUGGCAAUUGGCAGCUGCUUUGGAUCUUGGACAAUCGAGCGAACCCAAAAGGCAAAGAAGCACAGCAUCAACAGAUCCCAUGCAAACAUCGCUCGGCUACGCGGUUUGCUAUCUUUGAACUGCAUAGCACCAUAAUACCAUUGCAUACAGAUCACUGUAUUUGUGCCAUAUCAUUCAGUGAAGUGAGCAAGUAAGCUACUCAACCAUCGUCAAUCAGUAGUAGAUCCAGUCCAGUGUGAAGUGAGAAAGGAAAAACAGUCAGUUGAGUCAUCAUGGUCCGAACGUCCGCCAUCACGCCGGUUGUACCUGUGAUGCCCAAGGGCAUUUUGAAGCAGGAAGGUGCUCCUCCCAAACCAAAGCGCAACAUUGUCUUCAAAGAAGGCUUGAUUGCCGAUGAGCCUCCUCGCUUGAGCACGCCCAUCACGUUCAAUGUGAACUUGGCCAACGAGUUGGAACAGGAGAACUUUCGUCAAGUCUGGCGUGAAGUCUCCAACAAGAAGCUGGACUCGGCCGCGCGAGUCUUGCAGAAAUUUGCUCGCAAAUUCAUGCUGUGUUGGAUCUUGACCAACGAUCGACGUGCGGAGAUUUACGAUGAACUCGACUAUGUCGACGAGAGCUUGCGAUUGGACUUGGAACGGCUGGAAUGGGAAAAGGAAGACAUGUACCAAGAGGCCAAACUGGAGGUCCAAGCCGAACGAGAAGACGGAACCGUGCCUCCCGAAGAAGUCUCGGCAAUUGGGAGACAAUUGAAGGAAAUCAAAGAGAUGCAACGCGAAGUUCGACAGCUCAAAUCGUCCAAUGAACGCAUGAGAAGUGGAAUCAAAUCGCUCAAGAAAACAAACAAACAAUUGGGAUACGAUCUCAAGGAAAAGGCGCCGGCUGUCGAAAUGAGCAAAUACAAAGUGGCUAACUUGGAAUCCAAUCAUCGCAAAUACCAAUACAACCAUGACCAGUACGAACCAAACAUUAAAAAAUGGCAAGACAGUAUUGACAAAAUUGCGAGGCAGCAAUACGAAUGCAAAAAAUCAGGAAUUCUCUACCGAAAUGCCUGCAUCAACAUUCUAUACAAAGUCAGAAAACGAUAUCCCAAGAAACGAGUACUGGAACCCAUUCUGGACGCCAUGGAUGGCGAUUUUGCCAAUUACUAUCCCGUUCCAGGACCGGACGACGAAUACGUAGAACCACCGCCGCCCCCACCACCGCCGCCGCUUCCAUCCGCCCUCGCCAAGAACAAAGUCGCAGCUGCUUCGGCAGAGUUGGCAGAAAAUGUCACAAAGCCCAUUCCGAAUGCGGGUGGUGCGACUGGGAGAAGAGGAGUUCGACGCACCAAGCAACGACGACACAGCGAACGGCAUCGGACUCCACGGAAAAACAAUACCGAUAGUGAACUCCUGAAAAAAGUCAAGGAGGGAAUGCCCGAUACAUCGGAAACAACUGGAAACAAUGAGGAGGAUGAAGAGAAGAAGAAAACCAAACAAAAAGAAGAGAAAAUCAAACAACUAGAGGAUACCGUGGGGGAUGAUUCUGUUCCGGAACAACAAAAUCCUCGAUCCAGAAGGGCCACGCAACCGGCAAUCUUUGCAUCCGCACCGGUACUGACAAGGGCUGAUGAGAGUCUUUUGGUGGACGACAGCAAAAACUCCAAUGAUGACGACGACGAAGAGGAGGAACCAAAAACUUUAGAUGACAGCAGCAGUCGACGAAAGAAGGAAAAGAAAAAGAGCAAGAGCAGCAAGAAAAAGGAUCGGAAAACGGAUGUAUCUGUGAUUUCGGAAGAUUCAGGAGACAACGACACUGACACGGAAGCAGAGACCACGGACAGUCCUGCAUCCACGGACGUUGCAGAGGAUCCGGCAUCGACCGAAAUUGCGGCAAACCCCGCACCCGCGGUACUUGCAGAGGGGUAGAAUUCAAUUCAAUUCAAUGAUUCAUUCAGCAAUCUGCUCAAGACGGCGUUUUGGUAGUGCGGAUUGAAACUCCUUGCCAGCCACAACCAAGCAGCUUUGGUUGGCGCAACCACAAACCAAACAAUUGUACAGGACUCGAAUAAGUGCAUGCAAGAAAGCAUUCGUGAGGUGUGAUACGUUAACAAUCAGCAAAAGCGAUUCGAUUCAAUGGAAGAAGAUUUUUUUGCUCGUGGUUUUUGGUUGGCUAUGUAUGUUUACGUUACGACUUUGAAUACGUAGAUGUGUUUUCUGUUCAUGCUUCAGAGCUUUCGCGUGCUGACCCAAGUUCAAUCUACAUCAUUUUUCAAUUUUAUCUAUUAUGAUUAGUCCGUGGGUGCCUCGGGUGCACGCUACUAUUGGCAGAACGAUUCGAUUCGAUCGAAUUAUUCGGUCCAUAUUAUGCUGAGAGACUAGGAGACAAAGCUUUUAGGUCUCGUACGACUUAGGGCACAACAAGGCUUGUAGCUGGCCAGUGAGCAUUUUAAAAGCACGUUGAUACCGAUCAAGCAGUACUGCUUGCAACGCAAGAAUCCCGUGCGGACUAAGGGGUGCCGGAAUCGCGACUCGACGGGCAGCAUGGGCGGGGUCUUCCUCCGCGUCUCCUUCUUCUUCAUCGUCGUCCACAUCAGCGGUGUGGUCGUAGUAGAAAAUAGGGAACUCACUAUCCUGUAGCUGAGUCGCCGACAGGUUGGCUAGUUGAGGGUUGUGCUUGCAGAUAACAUCAGGUAGUGUCAAGUUCUCUUUUUCCUCGUUCUGUGGCAAAGGACGAAGACGCUUGAUGAACACCCGGAGUGUUCGCAAUUCUUCCUUGACAGCUACCAGUUCUUUCUGAGCCUCUUCCGUUUCUUGUUCGGCCGAAGCUACUUCCGCCUCGGCUUCCUCCUGUGCUUGCUCUGCGUAGUCUCGUUCCCCCUCAGUUUCUUCAAGUUCCUCGGUUGCCUCGUGAAGCCGUUGCUGUAGGUCGUCAACCUUGUCCCUGGUGUCCUUGCGGGAUGCUACAAGCUGGUGGAUCAAAUUUACCAGGACCUGAGGCUUUUGUUGGAGCAGCCGCUCUUCGUCCUUGUCGUCAGUGUUUUCCAAGAAAUAUCUUGAAUUGAUUUCCGACAACGCCGCGAUGCACCGUUUGUGAAGCGACGUGACUUCGUGGGCAUUGCCCACACGUUGUUGAAAUUGAUCUUCCAAUUGGCACAAUUGCAAUGCGACCGAUGGAUGUACAGUGGGCAUUUUACUGGCAUGCGUGAUUGUCUGAAAGUCCGGGUACACGUCCUUUAUGUUGUGUGUCGAUUCCUUGUGAAUUGUCGUCAUUUUGGCGGCUACUAGUCUGGAGAGUCGUUGGGAGUUCCGCUGGCUGCUUACGAUUCCACUGGGGAGUGCCUUGACCAUUUCGACAAACACGGAAAGUUGAAGCUGUUCCAGGAUAGUCGAUUCGGGGUAAACUUUUGAAAUGUUCUUGGCUAGAAACUCGGCGACUAGGUCCAGCACGGCCUUGUCCGAUAAAAUCGAGGCAUGUUCGUGGUACGUCAUGACGUUCUCCAUUGUCAUGUCCUUUUGGCAGUACUUCAUGACAUACCAACGCAAUGCAUGUAUCUCAAAGUAUUCUCCGAGAAAGUGCAGAGCGGUGG